AUGGCGACCGGUCGCUUGGGCGUCGGGGAGACCUUGGAGGCGCUGAAUGCGGCCUUGAGGCCCCGCAGUCCGCGCCCCAGCCGGCCCGGGAGGUCCGUCUGGUUUAAGGAGAGCACCGCCCGCAACCUUCACAGCCGCGACUUCCUCGCCCCCCGGAACGCCCUGAGGGCCCUGUUCCGCGACGGCCAGGUCCCCAAAGACGUCCUGGAUUUGGUAACGGCCCUCAAAGGCCCCGGAGUGCUUCCUGUUCAGAAAUGCAUCCAGACCCAGGCCGGGGUGGUGCUCCAACUGGAGCGACCGGCCAUCUUUCAGCAGGUCCUCAAUACUCUCCCACGGUACAUCAGACCUCCCGCUUUCCCUUCAGCGGGCGGCAAGGUAGUCGUCUUGGACUGCGUGCCCUUGCAUAGCCAGAAGAAGUUGGAGGCCCUCAGCCUGAACCACCUGAGGGUCAUCUUGGUGGCCGAUCACCUGGCUGAAGUCCUCAGGACCCAAGGGAUCGAGGUGCGGCUAGUCCCAGCCUUGCACGAUGAUCAGAUCAGGUCGUUUCUUCGGCAGCUGAAAGUGAACUGGCCUGCGGCAUCAGCCAAAGGUUCCUUGCCACCUGAAGCCAGGGCGGCAGCCAAACAAGUACUCCGCCAGGGCGUUGCCGCCCUGGUUGAACAGUGGAAGUUGGAGACUCGCGGGCUACCCACCGGAGUGCUGUGCAAAAUACACUUAAAGAAAUUCCUCCAACAGCAGCCGCAUUUGAGAGGCUACGAUGCCAACCUGGACAGUUGCUUAGUGAGAGAAGAGCACCUGGAAACCCUUGUGGAGUUGCAGGAGGCUACUCGGCCUAAACAAUCAAUCCAUCCAAUGGGCCCUACCCCAAAGGAUGAUUGCACACUCAUCUAUGUGGUGAGCUGCGAGGAGGAGUUCCAGCAACAGAAAGUUGACUUGAUUUGGCGAUUAUUAAACAUCAACGCCCCCUCCGAGCAGAAAUACCUCGUCUGUGGCACAGUGAAAGUUACCGGUGAUUCUGCACCUCCAGCCGCUUUCCAAUACCAUCAAAUCAGGCAGGCCCAGAUGUAUGAAGCCUCGGCACAGAAACGUGCGAGAACCCAUCUUCAAGGUGAGGGAUGGAAAGAAAACAUUUGUGUCCUCACUGCUGCCACAAUCAAGUUUGAGAUGCUGAGCACCGCCCAUCGGAGUCAGAUCACUCUGAACCUGGGUGCCACCAGCGCCUCCUCCAAAGGAAACAGGAGCGGAACCUUUGUCAUGUACAACUGUGCCCGCCUGGCCACCCUCUUCGAAAACUACAAGCGGGCCGUGGAGCGAGGUCUGUAUCCUGCUUUGCCCUCCGCAUCUGAAAUUGACUUCUCCGUGCUGCACGAAGAGGGAGAAUGGCUUCUGCUUUUCAAUGACAUAAUCCCCUACUCGGAAAUACUCACUCAACUAGCCAAGCUUCCCGUCUCCAGCCCAGGGAUACGCAUUCCCAUCAGCACCGAGGCGAUCUGUAAGUUCCUGAUGCAGCUGAGCACAGACUUCAGCUCCUACUACAACCGGAUUCACAUACUGAGGGAGCCCCAGCCUCAUCUGUUUGGCCAGAUGUUUGCCCGUCUACAGUUGCUGCAGGCAGUAAGGGAGGUGUUCCACAGGGCCUUGUCUGUACUCCACCUCCCACCGCUCAACCAGAUCUAACGCAGCUGGGCAGCCCUCCGGCUCCGGAAGCCCGAGGGAGUGGACGUGCCAACUGUUCACGUUUAGAUAAGUUGUUUUAUUUCAGUGUAGUUUUUACGAUAAGGACGAGCCCUGCGCUCUGGCUAGGGGCAACCGGAGAACGGCGUGAAUUUCCCGUUUGUCGACGGGGUCGCUUUGCCGCGGCCGGAGGGGCUCCCCUUUAUGGUCUCGGAUCGUUCGGAAGCAGCCGCUUAAAGUUGAGCGGCACUUCGGCUGCGCCCGGCGGAGCCCCUUCCAGACGGAGUCUUUUCAGGGAAAAAGGAAGCUGCUGUUUUUCGGUAAGCUUCUACCGUCGUCUUCCUUCCUGCAUGGGGCCGUUCCCCGCCGGGGGUUCCAGCAGCCAGGCUGGUACUCGCUGCUGACCCACCCCCCGAGUAGUAAACGACUGGAAACUCCGGCCCUUUACCAUCUCACGAGUUAGCUCUCCGCCUCCGACCACCUUGCCAGAAGCGCCGCCUUCGGCCCGUUCCGUCCUACCGACUUUUAUUGUUACGGACUGAGGAACAACGUGGGGGGGCUCUGGGGAAACUUGAACAUGCAGGUAUUUUACUCCGAAAUUAAAAAGAGACUUUGUUUUAA